AUGAGAGGAGCUCUCUUCAGAAAUGCAUCUCUCUGCGCUCGCAGACUUAUCAUUUCUCCUCGAAUAACCCAUCAAAGCUGCCCCACCAAUGUUCCCUUUCUCGCUCCGAUCGCCGCUCCGGUUCCUCCCAGACUCAGAUUCUUCUCCUCCGAAUCCGACUCGUCCGGUGAGAACCCGAUUGCUGCUGCUCCUGAGUCUUCGCCGGCUGAGUCAUUCGAUAAGAAAGAUCUCGUUGUAGAGGAUGUAGGCAACAAAGAGCUAAAAGCCCGUAUAGAGAAGUAUUUCAACGAGGGUAACGAAGACGCCUUGCCCGGAGUUAUCGAAGCACUUCUGAAGAGAAGGCUCGCCGACAAACACGAGGAGACAGAUGACGAAUUGAUGGAAUCACUCGAGAACCAGCCUUUCCAAGAUGUGAAGGAUGAAGAUUUUGAAUCCGAUAUGGAGGAAGCUCAUUCUACUGACGAAGAACUCGAGGAUCUCUACAACGCCCCAGAGCAUAUAAUGGAAAAGAUGAGCAAGAAUGAGUUUUUCAACAUGGACGACAAGAAGUGGGAUGGCAUGAUUAGAGAAGGCAUCCAACAUGGGAUUCUCAAGGAUACUAAGGAAUGCGAGGAGAUUCUUGAGGAUAUGCUCCACUGGGACAAGCUUCUUCCUGAUGAGUUGAAGAAAAAGGUUGAAGCAAAGUUUAACGAGCUCGGGGAUAUGUGUGAAAGUGGUGAGAUGGAGCCAGAAGCAGCUUAUGAGCUGUUUAAGGAAUUCGAAGAUGAGAUGGUGAUUCAAUAUGGGGAUCAAAUGGAAGCUGAGGGACCUCUCAAGUUCGAUGAAGCGGAUGCUUCCGAUAGGAAUACCGAUUUGGAUGACCCUCCCGGUACAGGCCCGAUCCUUAAGUGGCAGUCAAGGAUAGUUUUUGCUCCUGGAGGCGAUGCUUGGCAUCCAAAGAACAGGAAAGUUAAAUUGUCUGUUACAGUGAAAGAGCUCGGACUCUCAAAGCAUCAAGCUCGAAGGCUACGGGAACUUGUGGGGAAAAGAUACAAUUCAGGGAAAGACGAACUUACAAUCAUCAGCGAGAGGUUUGAACACCGAGAGGAAAACAGGAAAGACUGCUUAAGAACGCUUUAUGGGUUGAUAGAGGAAGCUUUUAAAGCGAACAAGAUCGCUGAGGACAUAAGAACUGCAUAUGUAAAGCAAAGACUCCAAGCCAAUCCAGCUUUUAUGCAGAAACUACAAGCCAAGAUCAUGAGGUCUAAAGAAUCAUAUCCCAUCAACGCUUGA